AUGCCAGCUCAAACAUCCACUGCUUGGGUCUUAGAAGACCAAAAGGGCUUUGGUAGCCUGACACCAAGGUCUGCACACAUCUCGUCUCACAACUCCCAGCAUCCGAAGUCCCAAGCUUCUCCGAUAUCGAUUCCGGACUGGGACAGCACCUGCUCACAUGGUGUAUUCCAUGAAACCGCUUUGGUCUCUAUGCCAUCAACCCUAGAUUUCAUCGAGACGAGUACAUUGACAUGUUCCGGGUUGAUGGCGUGGAAUGCCCUAUUCGGAAUUGCUGGGCAUGUACCUAAAGAGGGGAGUUUUGUUAUUUUGCAGGGCUCCGGUGGUGUUUGUAUUGCUGCGUUGCAGUUCGCCGUGGCGGUUGGCGCAACAGUUAUCGCGACGACAAGCUCAGAUGCCAAGGCGGACCGCCUCAGAGCUCUGGGUGCUAACCAUGUUAUUAAUUGCCGUACUGAUUCGGCUUGGGGCAAGACAGCAAAGAGUCUAAUAUACAACAGGAAAGGCGUUGAUAUCGUCGUCGAUGUUGGCGGUCUGUCUACGCUCCCUCAAUCAUUCAAGGCUGUUAAUACGAAUGGGGUCAUCGCACUGACGACAAUGCUUGCUCAAUCUGAGGACGGCUGCCGUGCCUUCUCUGAUGGAUUGCAUGUUGAAUGUGAGUCUUUGCUUGGAACCCGGGAUCAAUUUGUUGAGAUGAAUAGGUUUAUUGAGUUGAAGGGCAUCAAGCCUGUGGUUGGUGAGAAGAUCUUUGGGUUUCGGUAUGCUAAGGAGGCGUUCGGAUAUUUGGAGGGUCAGAAACACAUUUCUCUAAGGUUUGUAUUCGGUUGGACUAAGAUAAUCCUUUAG